UUCUUCUCACCAUCUAGAGCUCACGACCCAAUCCUCGCAUGAAGCGAAGGGACUUCAACUCCAACUACCGCACUACUUCCAAACUCCCUAACAAAAUUCUCCACACUCUACCCCACAACCUCUACAACACAUAUCAAUCUGCUAACCUCCAUUCCUUCACCCACCCUAAACAUAGUAAGAGAUUUUUUGUGAGGAAGAAAAAGUGAACGGAGAGGAAACUUAGUACGGGAUUUGAACGGUUGAGAGAAAGGAAGGAGAGGAAGGAACUUGAGGAGAUUAAGGAGCAGUAUAAGCAAAUCCUACAAGAGCUGUCAGAGAUCAAGAGCUUGCUCAAGGCUAAUAGCAUGCAAGAAUACAAGAGACAUGAAAGCGUAGUUGAAAGUCCUGAUCUAAUCCUGGAAACAGUCGAUGGAGUCACUGAGUUCUUAAGAUUUUCAAAUCCGACAGAGGAAGAGAAAGUGGGCACAAAAAAACUGGCUGCAGUAAAACCUGGCCCACCACCAGUGAUCACGAUGCAAGAAAAAGCUCUUCUGAGGGAUCUAAUGAAGCUGCACAAUAAUAAACGAAUAGAGACGAUGUUUAAAGAGAAGAUUGGUAGGGAUAUAUCUAUCAGAGAUCUACAGAAAAGAGGCUUUCUUAGUAAGGCAGGGAUUAAAGCAAAGCCCCAUAGAAAAACAUAUAAAGCUCUCAAACUAGAUUCAUACCAGUCAUCUUCUAGAAAGCUUCUUGGAGAGGAAAAGAACCAGAAAAAUGAGGAUGGAUUAUCUAUUUGUCAAGUUGAAGGCAUAUCCUUGAUUAACAAGCAGAUAAAUGAGGAGGGAGAUAAAUCUGUCAGACUUGGUUUAAGUUCUAGGAAAUAUUCAGAUCCUGCAUCAGACGAGCAGUAUCGCAAGAUGUUAGCUACAAGUUUAGAUGAGAAGCCUCCAUGAAUGUUUGAAAAGGAAAAGAAGGCUUCAAUAAAUUCAGGAAAUGGUUAA